GGAGGGGGAGGAUAAAGGGGGAGCGGGAGAUCGAGAACCCUGCCCAGUCACCCGAGCCAGCCCUGCUUGCAUUUUCCUGAACUAAGUGCUUCUGCUCACCCAGAGCAACUGAUUCUAAGGCCUGGCAGUAGCAAUGGCCUUCGCAAAUCUGCGCAAAGUACUCAUCAGUGACAGCCUGGACCCCUGCUGCCGGAAGAUCCUGCAAGAUGGAGGGCUGCAGGUGGUGGAGAAGCAGAACCUGAGCAAGGAGGAGCUGAUAGCUGAACUCCAGGACUGUGAAGGCCUCAUCGUCCGGUCAGCUACUAAGGUCACUGCUGAUGUCAUCAACGCAGCGGAGAAGCUCCAGGUGGUGGGCAGGGCUGGUACAGGUGUGGACAAUGUGGAUCUGGAGGCUGCCACGAGGAAGGGCAUCCUAGUCAUGAACACCCCCAACGGAAACAGCCUCAGUGCAGCGGAACUCACCUGCGGCAUGAUCAUGUGCCUGGCCAGGCAGAUUCCUCAGGCGACAGCUUCAAUGAAAGACGGCAAGUGGGACCGGAAGAAGUUCAUGGGGACAGAACUGAAUGGGAAAACCCUGGGAAUUCUUGGCCUAGGCAGAAUCGGAAGAGAGGUGGCCACCCGAAUGCAGUCCUUUGGAAUGAAGACUGUAGGCUAUGAUCCCAUCAUUUCUCCUGAAGUCGCGGCCUCCUUUGGUGUUCAGCAGCUGCCGCUGGAGGAGAUCUGGCCUCUGUGUGAUUUCAUAACUGUCCAUACCCCGCUCCUGCCCUCCACCACAGGCUUGCUGAAUGACAGCACCUUUGCCCAGUGCAAGAAAGGUGUGCGAGUGGUGAACUGUGCUCGAGGAGGCAUUGUGGAUGAAGGUGCCCUGCUCCGGGCCCUGCAGUCUGGUCAGUGUGCUGGGGCUGCACUGGAUGUGUUUACGGAAGAGCCACCACGGGACCGGGCCUUAGUGGACCACGAGAAUGUCAUCAGCUGUCCCCACCUGGGCGCCAGCACCAAGGAGGCCCAGAGCCGCUGUGGGGAGGAAAUCGCAGUCCAGUUUGUGGACAUGGUGAAGGGGAAAUCUCUAACGGGAGUCGUAAAUGCCCAGGCCCUUACCAGUGCCUUCUCUCCACACACCAAGCCUUGGAUUGGUCUGGCGGAAGCACUGGGCACACUGAUGCACGCCUGGGCUGGCUCUCCUAAAGGGACUAUCCAGGUGGUUACACAAGGGACAUCUCUGAAGAAUGCUGGGACCUGCCUGAGCCCCGCCGUCAUCGUCGGCCUUCUGAGAGAAGCAUCCAAGCAGGCAGACGUGAACCUUGUGAACGCUAAGCUGCUGGUGAAAGAUGCUGGCCUCAAUGUCACCACCUCCCACAGCCCUGGGGGCCCAGGGGAGCAGGGCAGUGAAUGCCUCCUGACUGUGGCCCUGGCUGGUGCUCCCUACCAAGCUGUGGGCUUGGUCCAGGGCACCACGCCAAUGCUGCAGAUGCUCAACGGAGCUGUCUUUAUGCCAGAGGUGCCACUGCGCAGGGGCCAGCCCCUGCUCAUGUUCCGGGCUCCGCCCUCCAACCCUGUGACGCUGCCCACCAUGAUCGGCCUCCUGGCAGAGGCAGGUGUGCAGCUGCUGUCCUACCAAACCUCCAAGGUAUCUGAUGGAGAGACCUGGCACGUCAUGGGCCUCUCCUCCCUGCUGCCCAGCCUGGAAACAUGGAAGCAGCAUGUAUCUGAGGCUUUCCAGUUCUGCUUCUGACCCUGGGGCUCCGUGGUCCCAGUGCCUCAGGCUCUUCUGAAGAAACCUGCUCGCUGUGACCUGUAGGGAGAGGGGAUGCAUCGGCCUGGACUAAUAUCUAGUAAAGAAUCUAACUUCA